AUGAAUCCAACAUUUUUUCCUUAUUUUUCUAAUUUUCUUCUUCCUUCCUUUUUCUUAAUUCGUUUUUCCUGCCUUUCUUCUUCUUCUUUCGAUUUUUUUUGUUUCCUAUUUCUUUCUUUUGUUCUUCUCUAUUUUCUCUCUCUUUUUUCUUACUUCAUUCGUCUUUCUUUCAUUAAUUCUUUCUUACUGUGUUUUCCAUGCCCCGCGACUUCAUACUUUCAUUCCUAUUUCUUUCCUCUAUUCUUCUUCCUCCGCCUUUCUCCUUCUUUCCUUCCUUCCAUCAAUCCAACCUUCUUUUCUUCCUUUUCUUACUUUCUUCGUUUUCCUUCCUGCGUUCAUUCAUCCAUCCUUUUUUCUUUCACUUCUUUCUUUUUCUUUCUGUCAAUCACACUUUCCUUUGUUAUUUCCUGGAUUUAUUCUUCUUUAUUUUUUCAUUCUUUCUUUUCCAUUUUCAUGGGUACUUUUCCUUCUUUUUCUUUCCUUCUUUUUUCUUUUUUCUCUCUUCCUUUUCCCUCUCUUUCACAUUUUCUUCAUUCAAUUUAUUUUCCUCUUUUCCUAAUUUCUUUCUUUCUUUCUUUCUUUUCCAUGUUUCCCGCUCUUUUAAUGUCUUCCAAUUUGCUUCUUUUUCUCCUAAUUCUCCCUUCUUUCUUUCUUUCUUUCUUUCUUUCUUUCUUUGGUCAUUUUCAUUGUCGGCCCUUCUUUCUUUCUUUCUUUCUUUCUUUCUUUCUUUCUUUCUUUGAUCAUUUUCAUUGUCGGCCCUCUUUCUUUCUUUUUUUCUUUCUUUCGUUGUUUCUUUGUUUCGUUGUUUCUUUGGUAAUCUUAAUUCUCGGUCCUUUUACUUUUUUCUUUCUUUCUUUGGUCAUUUUAAUUCUUGGUCCUGUUUCUUUCUUUUUUUUCUUUCAUUCUUUCUUUGAUCAUCUUAAUUCUCGCUCUCUUUCUUUCUUUCUCUUUUUGGUCAUUUUCAUUUUCGGUCCUCUUUCUCUCUUUGGUCAUUUUCAUUCUCAGUCCUCUUUCUUUCUUUUUUUUUUUAUUCUAAACCUUUCUUUUUAUUUCUUUCUUUGGUCAUUUUCAUUGGACAGCCCUUCUUUCUUUCUUUUCUUUUUCUUUCUUUCUUUGGUCAUUUUCAUUGUUGGCCCUUUUUCUUUCUUUUUUCUUUCUUUGGUCAUUUUCAUUUCUCAGCCCUCUUUCUUUCUUUUUUUUCUUUCUUUCUUUCUUUGUUUCUUUGGUAAUUUCAUUCUCGGUCCCUACUUUUUUUCCUUUUUUUUUCUUUUUCAUUUUAAAUCCUGUUUCUUUCUUUUUUUUUUCUUGAAUUCUUUCUUUGAUCAUCUUAAUUCUCGGUCCCCUUUCUUUUUUCUUUCUUUGGUCAUUUUCAUUCUUAGCGCUUUUUCUUUUUUUUUUUCUCUCUUUGGUCAUUUUCAUUCUCAGCCCUCUUUCUUUCUUUCUUUCUUUCUUUCUUUCUUUCUUUGGUCAUUUUCAUUCUCAGCUCUCUUUCUUUCUCUCUUUGCCAUCUUUCUUUUCUCAUUUUCAUUCACCGCCCUCUUUCUUUCUUUUUUGGUCAUUUUCAUUCUUCCCUUUCUUCUUUUUUUAUUUCUUCCUUCUUUUUCAUUCUUCUGUCUUUCCUUUCUUUUCAUAUUUAUUACUUUCCGGUCUUUUUUUAUUUUCUUUUCUUUUUUCUUUUUUUUCCUCUUUCAUUUUUCAUUUUUCUCAGCCAUCUUUUCUUUCUUUUUUUUUUUUUUUUUUUCUCAUUUUCAUUUUCCGCCCUCUUUCUUUCUUUCUUUCUUUCUUUUCAUUUUCAGCGCUUUUCUUUUUUUCUUUUUUUCUUUGAUCAUUUUGUUCUCACAUUUCUUUUUCUUUCAAAUAUUUGGUCAUUUUUCGUUUUCUUUCAUUCUUUUUUUCUUUGGAAUUUUUAUUUCUUUUCCUCUUUCUUUCUUUCUUUUUUUCUUUCUUUUUUUCUUUCUUUCUUUCUUUUUUUUCCUUUCCUUUGAAUAUUUUCUUUCACUCAAAAUUCUAUUUAUUGUUUUUUAUUCUUUCUUUUCUUUUACUUUUUUUUUUUCUUUCUUUUUUUUUUCUUUCUUGGCUUCCCAUUUAACGUUUUUUUUCCUUCGUAAAAUAUUUAUUUCUUUCCUUUCUUUCAUAUUUAUUACAUCCUUUUUUCUUUCUUUUUUUUCUUUCUUCUUUCUUUUUUUCAAAUUGUUCUAUUUUCUUUUUUCCAAAUAUUUAUUACAUUUUUUUUUUCUUUCUUUUUUUUUUUUUUCUUUUUCUUAUUUUUUCUUCUUUCUUUCUUUUUUUUUUUUUAAUUUUCUUUUUUCUUAA